ACUGUUUGGUUCUCUCCGAGCUCGGGCACCCCCGACGAAAAGGUUUUGAUGCAAACAAGCAUCCGUAGUUGUGGAAUCUUUCACGUUUGCUAUUCCUUUGUACCUGUGGAAAUAUCUAGUCUUUGGUUGAAUCGAUCCGAUUGCGGUGAGAGGAACGAUCAGAAGAAAGCAACGCAUAAAGGAAACGAGAUUAGGAUGUUGGUCGCAUGCAAUUGAACCUGAUUGUUUCGGUUGGAGAGAAAGCCCAGUGGAGAAUAAAAUUAUAAUUGAAGCUUAAGAUGGCAGCAUCAAAGAUUCAAGCUCUAUGGAAUCACCCAGCUGGCCCAAAAACCAUUCAUUUUUGGGCUCCAACAUUCAAGUGGGGAAUUAGUAUUGCAAAUGUUGCAGACUUCUCCAAGCCACCUGAAAAGAUUUCUUAUCCUCAGCAAGUUGGUGUGUAUAUCCUAUUGUCAAUUUGUGGCAAUAAGUGUCUGUUUAACUUUUCCUCCAUAUUCUUUGCUAAACGAGACUGUCAUUGUUUGAUGUUGGCAGCUGUUACUUGUACUGGGCUCAUCUGGUCACGUUACAGCACAGUCAUUACACCUAAGAACUGGAACCUUUUCAGCGUUAAUGUAGUGAUGGCUGGGACAGGCAUAUAUCAACUGGCUCGCAAAACUCGGCAUGAUCACUUUUCUGAGGUACAAGUACCAGGAAAAGAAUGAGAUAUUUAUGGACUCCAGAUCUUUGUUUGAGUUAACAACAACAACCUUAUUUCUUCCGUUCAACAUGUACCUUUUGAAAGUGACGAGGGGUUGAGUAUUCAUAAUAUUGAUUAUCUCAAAUAUGCCCUCCGAACCAAAAGAAUUUUAUUAUAUUUAAAUAACUCAAAUAAUAUUUGGAUACAUGUUAUAUGGUAAUGUUCAUUCUUGGAACUUCACUUUUA